UAAACUUUAUUACAAAAAGUAUGUGCUUUUUGGUAAUACUUUUCUUUCUUUUUUUUUUUAAAAGAUAGGGCACACAGCCCCAACACACCACCUUGCACAUAGAAAAUACUCAUUGGUCUUCACUAGUGAAAUUAGCAGUUGGUGGCUAAGGGCCAAUUUGCCUGAACAGGCUACAUAAGAACCUCAGAACCCAACCUAUUGUGAAGAAACAUGGGUUACUUCUGAGGUUCUAGAAUUCCCAGACGCUCUGCUUCAGCACUGGGAGCUUUUGCUCGCAGUUCUCUUCAUAGCUCUGUGAAAAGCUGUGCCCUGCACUAGGAUCCCAUCUUUUCCUAAAUCCCAACGAACAUGUUUCUCUUUCUAAUGAGUCUUUAUCUGCUUGGAUCCGCCAGAGGAACAUCAGGUCAGCCUGAUGAGCCUUCUGGUUCCAUAGAUCAUCAAGCUUCAGUUCAGCAACUUUCAGGUGAGUACUUUUCACUUGAAAACCCUUCUGAUGCUGAGGCUUUAAAAGAGACUUCUUCAGGCCAGAACAUUUUAAGUGAGCAUGAUUCCAGUGAACAUGGUGCAAGUGAGCACACUGUGGCCGAGCACACUUCUGGAGAACAUGCUGAGAGUGAGCAUGCUCCAGGUGAGCCUGCUGUGGGUGAACAUGCUUCGGGUGAGCACGCCUUGGGUGAACAGCCUUCGGGUGAGCACGCCUUGGGUGAACAGCCUUCGGGUGAGCACGCCUUGGGUGAACAGCCUUCGGGUGAGCACGCCUUGGGUGAACAGCCUUCGGGUGAGCACGCCUUGGGUGAACAGCCUUCGGGUGAGCACGCCUUGGGUGAACAGCCUUCGGGUGAGCAUGCCUUGGGUGAACAGCCUUCGGGUGAGCAUACCUUGGGUGAGCAACCUUCAGGUGCAACAAUUUCAAGGACAUCUAUAGGCAUAAUAUUAAAUUGCUAUGCAUGUGCUUAUAUGAAUGAUCAAGGAAAAUGUCUUCGUGGAGAGGGAAUCUGUACCACUCAGAAAUCCCAGCAGUGCAUGUUAAAGAAGAUCUUUGAAGGUGGAAAACUCCAAUUCAUGGUUCAAGGUUGUGAGAACAUGUGCCCAUCUAUGAAACUCUUCUCCCAUGGAACCAGGAUGCAAAUUAUAUGCUGUAGGAAUCAAUCUUUCUGCAACAAGAUCUAGAAGCCUGGGCCCUUGCUUCUAAUUUUGACUCAGGCAGCAAAAAGCCUCCAUCACUCUGUUUGGUUCAUUUUAUAUUUAGUUCUUUCCCCAGUCAACAACUGACCACAUCUGCCUCUGCUUGAGCAUUAGGAUGCGCAACAUCCUAUCUUUCUUCCCCUAUUCAUGCUUUUAUCCAUUCUUCUCUGUCCGGUCUUCCCUACUCCAACUCUAUCUCUCAAUAUUCCUGAUGCUUUGAUUCAAUAAAUUUCACACGGUUCAAG